UGCGUCCCGAUGAUGUGAAUCUGUAAAAGUUUAAGCAGUCAUUUCACUUCACAAUCCAAGAUUAACGCCAAAUGCAAACCAAACCCAUUGCUGUCAAGUCAGUUCUGACUCACAGUGACCAUACAGGACAGAGGAGAACUGCCUCAUAGCGUUUCCAAGGCUGUAAAUCUUUAUAUAGUUGAAGUGUUGAUAACACCAAGGAGAUCUGUCACAGUUUGAAAAGAUAAGCAAAAAUUUGGUUUCCAGACACUACAGAAAAAGAAGUAAAGAUGAGUGCUAGAGUUUCUUCUUUGACAUAUCUGAUGUCAAACCCACGAUUUCGAAGGUGCAUUGCCUUCAGCGACCCCCGAGGAAUCGAGGCUGCACGAACUCUCGGGCGUCGUCGCAAGCGUCCAGUACGAAUUUUUGUGAAUGAUGAUCGCCAUGUGAUGGCAAAACAUUCUUCCGUUUAUCCAACCCAAGAGGAACUGGAAGCUGUUCAGAACAUGGUGUCCCACACUGAACGGGCUCUCAAAGCUGUGUCGGACUGGAUAGAUGAGCAGGAGAAAGGAAGCAGUGAGAAUGCUGAGUCUGAGAACAUGGAUGUGCCCCCAGAGGACGAGACCAAAGAAGCGGCUGGAGAACAGAAGACAGAGCACAUGACCAGGACCCUGCGGGGUGUGAUGCGUGUUGGCCUCGUGGCAAAGGGCCUCCUGCUCAAGGGAGACUUGGAUCUGGAGCUGGUGCUGUUAUGUAAGGAGAAGCCCACCACUGCCCUCCUGGACAAGGUGGCUGACAACCUGGCCAUCCAGCUCGCUGCUGUUACAGAAGACAAAUACGAAAUACUCCAAUCUGUUGAUGAUGCUGCGAUUGUGAUAAAAAACACAAAAGAGCCUCCAUUGUCCCUGACCAUCCACCUGACAUCCCCUGUUGUCAGAGAAGAAAUGGAGAAAGUAUUAGCUGGAGAAACGCUAUCAGUCAACGAUCCCCCGGACGUUCUGGACAGGCAGAAAUGCCUUGCUGCCUUGGCGUCCCUUCGACACGCCAAGUGGUUCCAGGCCAGAGCUAAUGGGCUGAAGUCCUGUGUCAUUGUCAUCCGAGUUCUGAGAGACCUGUGCACCCGCGUGCCCACCUGGGGUCCCCUCAGAGGAUGGCCUCUUGAGCUUCUCUGUGAGAAAUCCAUCGGCACAGCCAACAGACCAAUGGGUGCUGGCGAGGCCCUCCGAAGAGUGCUGGAGUGCCUGGCGUCGGGAAUCGUGAUGCCAGAUGGUUCUGGCAUUUAUGACCCUUGUGAAAAAGAAGCCACUGAUGCUAUUGGGCAUCUAGACAGACAGCAACGGGAAGAUAUCACACAGAGUGCGCAGCACGCACUGCGACUUGCUGCUUUUGGCCAGCUCCAUAAAGUCCUCGGUAUGGACCCAUUGCCUUCUAAGAUGCCCAAGAAACCAAAGAAUGAAAACCCAGUGGACUACACUGUUCAAAUUCCCCCCAGUACCACCUAUGCCAUUACACCCAUGAAACGCCCAAUGGAGGAAGAUGGGGAAGAAAAGUCUCCCAGCAAGAAGAAGAAGAAGAUUCAGAAGAAAGAAGAGAAGGCAGAGCCUCCCCAAGCUAUGAAUGCUUUGAUGAGAUUGAACCAGCUGAAACCCGGGCUGCAAUACAAACUGGUUUCCCAGACUGGGCCGGUCCAUGCCCCCAUCUUCACGAUGUCUGUCGAGGUAGAUGGAAAUUCGUUUGAGGCCUCAGGGCCAUCCAAAAAGACUGCCAAGCUGCACGUGGCCGUUAAGGUGUUACAGGACAUGGGCUUGCCGACAGGCGCUGAAGGCAGGGAGUCGAGCAAGGGGGAGGACUCAGCUGAGGAGACAGAGGCGAAACCUGCAGUGGUGGCCCCUCCCCCUGUGGUGGAAGCUGUCUCCACCCCCAGCGCUGCCUUCCCUGCAGAUUCCACUGCUGAGAACGUAAAACAGCAGGGGCCGAUCCUAACCAAGCAUGGCAAGAACCCAGUCAUGGAACUGAAUGAAAAGAGGCGCGGCCUCAAGUACGAACUCAUCUCGGAGACGGGGGGCAGCCAUGACAAGCGCUUUGUCAUGGAGGUGGAGGUGGAUGGGCAGAAGUUUCAAGGUGCUGGAUCAAACAAAAAGGUGGCAAAGGCUUAUGCUGCCCUCGCUGCACUAGAAAAGCUUUUCCCUGAUGCCCCUCUUGCCCUUGAUGCAAACAAAAAGAAGAGAGCCCCGGUACCUGUCAGAGGGGGACCUAAAUUUGCUGCUAAGCCACAUAACCCUGGGUUUGGUAUGGGAAGCCCCAUGCACAAUGAAGUGCCCCCACCCCCAAACCUUCGUGGUCGGGGAAGAGGAGGAAACAUCCGUGGACGAGGGCGAGGCAGAGGAUUCGGCGGUGCCAACCAUGGAGGCUACAUGAAUGCUGGCGCUGGGUAUGGAAGCUAUGGGUAUGGAGGCAACUUGGCGACAGCAGGCUACAGUCAAUUCUACAGCAACGGAGGGCAUUCUGGGAAUGCUGGUGGUGGCGGCGGCGGGGGCGGUGGUGGCUCCUCUGGCUACGGUUCCUACUACCAAGGUGAUGACUACAACUCACCGGUGCCUCCGAAACAUGCAGGAAAGAAGCAACCCCACGGGGGCCAGCAGAAGCCCUCCUACGGCUCUGGCUACCAAUCCCACCAAGGCCAACAGCAGUCGUACAACCAGAGCCAGUACAGCAACUACGGCCCCCCACAGGGCAAACAGAAAGGCUACAAUCAUGGACAAGGCAACUACUCCUCCUACUCAAACUCCUACAACUCCCCCGGGGGCGGGGGUGGAUCAGACUACAACUACGAGAGCAAAUUCAACUACAGUGGUAGUGGAGGCCGAAGUGGCGGGAGCAGCUACGGCUCAGGCGGGUCGUCCUACAACCCAGGGUCACAUGGGGGCUACGGCGGAGGUUCUGGGGGCGGCUCCUCAUACCAAGGCAAACAAGGCUACUCGUCACAGUCGAACUACAACUCCCCCGGGUCCGGCCAGAACUACAGCGGCCCCCCCAGCUCCUACCAGUCGUCACAGGGCGGCUAUGGCAGAAACGCAGACCACAGCAUGAACUACCAGUACAGAUAAACCCCUCCCUGUGGGGUGAAGAAUUGUACCGUCCUUACACCCCAUCGGAAGAUUCAGUUUUUUGCAUCACAGUUAACAUGUCAACCAGCUCCUCCAGGCCCUCUCGCCCUCCCCCUCCCUGGUUCCACGUUGCCGUGUUGUGAGGUGCAGCUGGUCACUCCCGUGACCCAUCCUGUGACCCAUAUUUAGCCGUGUUUGGGACUCCGUGUCUUCAAUGGUUUGUUAGUUACCAUCACAACUUUGUCCAAGUAGAGUUUUUUGAGUUCUUGCAGUUAAGUAUCCCUCUGUCUAUUUACAAUUGGUGUUAGUGUUAACUCAGUUUGUCUUUAAAUAGUUACGGAAGGGAUACAACAUCUGUUAAUGCUUUUGUGAAGUGAGUUAAACGAGCUUUCUGUAUUUUAAUGCUUUAGUGUUUCAGUUUUAUAAGUGAAGAUUUUAUUUUAAAAACCAGUGGGAAAGAGUGGGGUUUUCUUUUCGUAUGUCUGGAUCAUUCAGGCAGUACAUCUGAAUUAAGCUGAAUGUAGACAAAUAAAAAAAAAAGAAAACUCUCUGCCCGUCGUAGGCCUGGGGAUCUGACCCGCUGGCAGUGUCAUGGGCAGAGUCUUUGGCUUCGUCCCGCUCGAGGGAAGGCGGGCUGGGGGGGCGGUGGGGGCAGCAGCUAGUCCCUGGUCAGGAGACAGGGUCCAGCUCCAGGCCUCUCGAUGCCUUUAGUCCGAGGCUGGCAAGGGCCAGCACCCCGGUUUAGGGGCUCACCGUCCUCCCUUCCCCGUCAACCCAAGCUUGGAAGUAACGGGUCUUCUGGACUCCUUGUUCCAUCUGGCACCCAGCUCACAGUUCAAAGCAGUCUGACAGUUGAGGUCCGAUCACAAAAUUCGGGCACGUGUUGUUUUCUGCUCUGUGAAUCCCUUUGUGGUUUCAAAUGCGAUUUCACGUCACCGUGGAGUAAGAGUUUCUCAUAGGCUUGGUACUUCCAGUGGUAGGUGUAGCCUGACUUGAGAAGGGCAAAUUGAGUCUGGUUCAAGCACUCUAGGACCUGGGCGACACCAACAUCUCUGCUGGGGAUGGGGCUUGGUGUCUCCUGCAGCCACAACCUUGUCUCUGUGGGGCUGUCCUUGCUCGGAAGCUCACACUGGGGAGUGGUCAGCUCUGUGCCAGUGGUUCUCAACCUGGGCAGCUUUGCUCCCCAGGAGACGUUUUGCAGUGUUUGAAGGACAUGUGUCACAGCUAAGGAGUGUUCCUGGCAUCUAGAGAGUAGAUUACUGAACGUUCUACUCUGGAUAGAACAGCCCCUGCCACAAAGAACCUUCUUUGUCAAAGUGUCAACAGUGUGGUGGAGGAAAAGCCCUAGCCUAGGGCAGUGCUCCUCAACUCUGAGUCUGCCCUGCGGACGGAGGUAGCAGUGGCACUUGGAUUGGCCUUUACCCAGGCCUGGGACUGCAGCUUUGUACCUUGGGCUGCCCUAUAGGCCUCCUCUGAGCUUGCCAGCUGCCUGUGGCCUCAGCUGCUUCUCCAUCCUCUAAGACCAGGCACCAUUCUGGGUCAGCACCCUAGGUUGCCCCUGGCCUCAUGCUUGGUUAACCAUGGCCAUCAGAAGUGAGGACUGUUUUUUUACUCAGGAUCAUCCAGUGGUGCAGAAAAUCAAAGCGUGCCUUCACGGGAUGAAGUUUGUCAUCUUGAGGGAGAGAAGUUCUGCUACAGCAGAGGAGGCCCAAGGGCCCCCUGUGUGGGCCAUGGCUCAGGUGGUCCACAGCAUGAACGUUCAAGCCAGCCUGAAGCCCCCCUGUGAUCUCAGGACCUUUGAUGGAAAGUGUCCAUGACCUGUCUCCUUUCUCAGACAUGUCCAGGGCCUUUGACAAGAGACUGCCGCCCCUCCCCCAGGAGACAGUGGGUACCUUGUGUUUGAGACAAGAAGAUACAGGAGGGAACAGAGUCAUUCAGACCUGAGGAGCAGCACCCUGCCCCACCUACCAAAUACUUUGAAACUGGACAAGCGCUGGUAUUCUCCACACGGGCCUUCUGUAUAGUCCGUUUCCCAAGCAGCAACCACCACUGGGCACUUUCUGAAUGCAGAGACACAGGAAGGGAGUGGGAAAGGCUGUCUUGACCUGCAGACAAGUCCUCAGUGUGCCGGGACUUGGUGGCAGAGCUUUUUGUCCUGGUUGGCUUGUCCUACUGAGGAGACUGCCCGUCUGAAACCACGGGCCUGGCCCACGUCUCUCUGAGAGCCAAGAAGAGUUUUAUUAACCUGAAAGUGGAUGUUCAGGCAGAGGACAGUAUGAGAGGAAGCAGCUCACAGCCCCGAGUCAGGAAUAUAUGACCACGAUUGUAUGGGGUGUGUAUAUGACUUUCCUAAGGCUGCUGUAAUGAUUCGCCACAAGUUUUGGUAGAUUAAAACAACAGGAAUCUAUCCUCUCCGUUCUGAAGCCCUUCUAGUCCAAACUCAAAGUGUUGCCAGGCUGGUUCCUUCUGGAGUUGCUGAGGGAAAAUCCAUUCUUUGCUUCUGGUGGCUGUGGGCAAUCCUUGGCAUUUCUUGACUUGCAGCCGCAUCACUCCAGUCUCUGCCUGUCUUCACAUGACCUUCAGCCUGUGUGUUUCUGUGUCUCAGUGUCUCCUUAUAAGAACGGCCUCUUAAAUCUUCGAAGACCGUAUGUCCAAAUAAGGUCACAUUCAUGGUUCCUAGGGGUUAGGGAUAGAGUGUCUCUUUGGGGGACACCAUUCAGCCCACUACAUAGUGGAGUGAGGAUUUCUCCCCCAGCUGCAGGAGGUAUAUAGUCCAAAGGUACCUUCCGUGUACCAGGCCAGCAGGUUGUCAGCACAGCCAGCAUCAAUAUGGUCAGGCCUGUGGACGGCACAGAACCAGCAUCUGGGUGAAAUGGCAGGUGCUUAUUCCACGAGUAGUUUGUGAGCAUGGAGCCCUUGGUACCCUUUCUCCACCCGUGAUGCAGCCGCCCAGCGGCAUCAUGCCAGCCCUCAGGUCCUGCCACCCAGGAACUUGGGUUCAGAGAGAAGGCCUUGGCAGUGGGGUGCAUCACACUUUUGAAGCUGACAAGAGCCAUCACAGGCCUGUUGCCUUCCAUGCACUUCUUCAGUGAGCUAGUCAGCAUGGGUUACUUGGGUGGGUAACCCAAGUGACCAGGGACACAGCCACGUUUGAAGGAAAGGUAGAAGGACCCCAUGACCGAGGGAACACGCUACAGGACCCUGGUGGUUCUGGGUUAGUAUCACUGGACGCCCAGUUGUUCAUCUACCCUUCUCCCUGGUAGAGAAACAUUCUCCUUCAAAUCACUGGCCAUUCUUGUGUGGUCUGCAGUGCCUGCUCCACCGUGUCCAUUCUCCAGGUGUGAGUGCUGGGCUGCAGUACCCUAUGCAGUCCUGUCCUGGGACCGCUAGACAAAAUUCCAGAGAAGUGCACAAGCUGUCCUUGGGAGCCUGCAUGCCUGUUCUAAUCCGUUCCAAAUAAAAUGGAGACCUCA